GGACGAUGGAGAUGAGCAGAAAAGUUGUUGUUCUGCGCUGUGCUCUGAUUGGCUGACCAAACUUAGCAUCCCACUCAUGACUUGUCCCCACGGCGUGCGGCGACCUUGGCAGCGGCAGCGGCGGUUUCCACGCCACGUGCAGGCGUGAGGACUCGUUAACUGUACGAUGCAGGUGUCCAUAGCGUGUAACGUUGGCGGCGGUGGCGGGGGAGGUGGCGGUGGCGGCGAGCACCCACUGAAGGAGAGGCGCAUGGUGAUGAACAGCAGCAGCGCCCCCAUCUGCCAGGCCAAGGUCAGGGCGGAGCCGGCCAAUAGGAACACGCUGUUAGGCCACGCCCACAUGAAGGAGGCGCUCGGUCGCCAUAGCAACAUGAAGUACAGGAAUCUCGGAAAAUCUGGACUGAGAGUGUCCUGCUUAGGACUGGGAACAUGGGUGACAUUCGGCUCACAGAUCUCUGACGAGAUGGCAGAGAGUGUGAUGACGGUGGCGUACGACAGUGGAGUGAACUUGUUCGACACAGCGGAGGUUUACGCCUCGGGGAGGGCGGAGACGACUCUGGGAAACAUCCUGAAGAAGAAAGCCUGGAGGAGGUCCAGUUAUGUUGUGACCACUAAGAUCUACUGGGGAGGACAGGCGGAGACGGAGCGAGGGUUGUCACGGAAACACAUCAUCGAAGGGCUGCGUGGCUCUCUCUCCAGGUUACAGUUGGACUACGUGGACAUUGUCUUCGCCAACAGGAGCGACAUCAACGCACCGAUGGAGGAGGUGGUGCGUGCGAUGACCUUCGUGAUCGAUCAGGGUCUGGCCAUGUACUGGGGGACGUCCCGCUGGAACGCCGUGGAGAUCAUGGAGGCGUACUCUGUGGCGCGGCAGUUUAACCUGGUCCCCCCGGUGUGUGAGCAGGCAGAGUAUCAUUACUUCCAGAGAGACAAAGUGGAGCUGCACCUGCCGGAACUUUACCACAAGAUCGGUGUGGGAGCCAUGACCUGGUCCCCGUUAGCGUGCGGCCUGCUGACGGGAAAAUACAACGAGGGGGUCCCUGAACGUUCCAGAGCCGCCAUGAAGGGCUAUGCGUGGCUGAAGGAGCGUCUCUGCAGUGAUGAGGGGAAGAAGCAGCUCAGUAAGAUCAAAGAGCUCCACCUGCUGGCCGACAGACUGAACUGCACCGCGGCGCAGCUCGCUAUAGCAUGGUGUCUCCGCAGUGAAGGAGUGAGCUCGGUUCUCCUCGGAGUGUCAAACACAGAACAGCUGCUGGAGAACCUCGGUUCUAUCAGGGUCCUGUCUCAGCUGACUCCGCCCCUCAUCACAGAGAUGGACGUGCUGCUCGGAAACAAGCCGCGCAAUGGCAAGAAGGAGGCGAGACGCUGAGAGGACCCAGAGAGGCCACAGAGACUCUGAUGUGGGACCCUGAAUGCUUCAGGGAGGACACUGAGAGGACGGAGAGGGAACACAAAGAGGGGACAAAACUAAAGCUUUCCUGGAAUAAUCAAAAGAAGGACAGGAGGACAGACAGACAGACAGAC